CCCACCUCGCAAGUUACAACGGAAUCGCACUGAACUGCACCAUACCGCACCACCUUUGCUUCUGCUUCACACCACAGACAAACCGCCACAGAAACAGACCACACAACACACUCUCUCUGUUUUGUGUCAUACCUGACGAAACGGUUUUCGUUAGAGAGAGGGGGCACCGGGAAAAGUGCCGCCACCUGCGAUGCCGAAUCCCGAGGCUAACCGCAGCCAACACUCCCGCUCCCGGGCCCGUGCCUCUACGUCAGCAGCGCCGCGGCAGCCGGUCAGGGCCCGAGCCUCUCUGCGCCAGCUGCUGCGCGUGGCGUCAGUGGCGAGCGGUAUUCAGUUCGGUUGGGCCUUGCAGCUCUCCCUCCUCACUCCCUACGUCCAGCAGCUUGGCAUCCCUCAUCAAUGGGCCAGCAUCAUCUGGCUCUGCGGCCCGGUCUCCGGCCUCUUCGUCCAGCCUCUCGUCGGUCACAUGAGCGACCGCUGCACCAGCCGCUUCGGCCGCCGCCGCCCCUUCAUCUUCGUCGGCGCUGUCUCCAUCGUGAUCGCCGUCGUCAUCAUCGCCUACGCCGCCGACAUCGGUUGGGUUCUUGGCGACACCGCCACCUACCGACCGGCUGCCAUAACUGUCUUUAUAAUCGGCUUUUGGAUCCUCGACGUCGCCAACAACGUCACGCAAGGUCCCUGUCGAGCCUUGCUCAGUGAUCUCACCAGCAAGGAUCCUAGAAGGACACGUGUUGCAAAUGCUUACUACUCACUGUUUAUGGCCAUUGGUAAUAUUCUUGGCUAUGCAACUGGAUCAUACAGUGGUUGGUACAAGGUUUUCCCUUUUACACUUUCCCCUGCUUGCACAAUUAGUUGUGCAAAUCUCAAGUCUGCUUUCUUUCUUGACAUUGCUUUUAUUGCGGUCACAACAUAUAUCAGCAUCAUGGCAGCUCAUGAAGUGCCUCUAAAUUCUAAUGUGGUGGCCCAUGCUGAAGCAGUGGCCGAGGAGUCAGGUAGUGCCGAAGAAGCUUUCAUGUGGGAAUUAUUUGGGACAUUCAAAUAUUUUUCAACCCCUGUAUGGAUAAUUCUGUCUGUUACUGCUCUCACAUGGAUUGGAUGGUUUCCAUUUACUCUAUUUGAUACUGAUUGGAUGGGACGAGAGAUUUAUGGUGGUGAUCCAAAUCAAGGCCUUAUAUAUGAUACUGGAGUUAGAAUGGGAGCACUUGGUUUGUUGCUUAAUUCAGUUGUUCUUGCAUUGACAUCAUUGCUCAUGGAAAGGUUAUGCAGGAAGAGGGGGGCUGGUUUUGUGUGGGGAAUCUCAAAUAUCGUGAUGACAUUUUGCUUUCUUGCAAUGCUUGUAUUAACCUAUGUGGCCAGUAGCAUAGGCUAUGCAGGCAAAGAUCUACCUCCACCUGGCAUUGUGAUAGCCGCAUUGAUUAUCUUUACCAUUCUUGGGUUUCCCCUGGCAAUCACUUAUAGUGUUCCAUAUGCCUUAAUUUCCACACAUAUCGAGUCUUUAGGACUUGGCCAAGGGUUAUCAAUGGGUGUCCUAAAUCUGGCAAUAGUGGUCCCACAGGUAUUUCUUCUAUGAAUAGAUAUAUGAUUGAAGUCAAACUGCCUUUAUUUUGAAGUAUGUAUUGUUUGAGAUAUCACAUUGUCUAGAGGUAAGAUAAAAAUAUAAUAUAUAAAUGGAGAAUAAUA